GGCAUCGUGUGCCGCGUUCCUCUCCUGUCUCUCUCCGAAACGCAUAUUCCCGCAGUCCUCGAAUCGUAUUCGACAUGUCCAUGAAAGCUAUCGUGAAAAGCGUCAUCUCUGGCGAUUCUCUCAUUCUCCGUGGCCGUCCCGGUCCUCAGGGUCAGCCUCCCAAGGAAAGAAUCUUGCAUCUGGCAGAUGUCACGUCACCACGCAUGGGAAAUGCAUCCAGGGAAGACGAGCCUUGGGCAUUUGAGGCCCGCGAAUUCCUUCGUGCCUUCGCUGUAGGGAAAGAAAUCACAUUCGUAUCUAAUCACCAACUUCCCCCGAACGACGAUGUACCUCGAGAUCUAGGCAAUGGGGAGAUUGGUGGCCUCGAUGUUUCUAAUGAACUCUUGAAGCAUGGUUGGGCCAAAUUGAAGGACCUCAAACGAGACCCUACCGAGGAAGACAGUCAACGGAGGGACAUUGAAGCUGACGCGAACGCGGCAAACCGUGGGAUCUGGAACCCACAUGGUCCCAAGGCGCGUGAAGUGAUCCACACAAUGCCUUUAGACUCCCAAUCAUACAUCACAGAAUGGAAGGGGAAGCCGCUUGAUGCUAUCGUUGAGGCCGUUCGAGAUGGCACAACGUUCCGCGUCCGUCUCAUGAUGCCAGAAGGCGAGCAUCAGUUUGUCAAUGUCGCCCUUGCAGGUGUUCGCAGUGCCCGUGCCGCCUCGAAACAAGGGGAGCCCUCUGAACAGUGGGGAGAAGAAGCCAAAUUCUUCGCUGAGUCGAGACUUCUUCAACGUGCUGUAAAAGUGCAACUAUUGUCGCUGCCAACUGCUGCCGCAACACCGUUUCAAUCCGGCACCAAUGGAGGUGCCCCCGCGCCGGCAAGUAUAUUCAUUGGAAAUGUACUUCAUCCCGCAGGCAAUAUCGCAGAACAUCUCGUUGGUGCAGGUUUAGCUCGUGUGGUAGAUUGGCAUGCCGGCAUGCUCGCAAGUACUGGAGGCAUGGAGCGACUUCGUGCCGCAGAGAAGUCCGCGAAGGAGAAGCGGUUGUGUCUUUACGCAAAUGCGCCAGCCGCAACAUCCAGCGGAAAGUCAGUAACGGUAGCGAAUGGAGCUUCCCGCUCAUUCGACGCCACCGUUGUUCGCGUGUGGAGUGCAGAUCAGAUCUCUGUCACCGAGAAGGACGGUGGCAAGGAACGCAGACUGCAGCUCAGUUCGACUAGAGGGCCUAAAAUCUCUGACGCCAAACAGGCGUAUUACGCUCAGGAGGCACGCGAGUUUCUGCGUAAAAAGCUCAUUGGCAAACAUGUCAAGGUACAUAUUGAUUUCAUCCGUCCACGUGAAGGCGAUUUCGAGGAGCGGGAAUGUGCCACUAUUCGCUACGGAAACCAAAACAUCAAUAUAGCCGAGCAGCUUAUCGAGAAGGGCCUCGCAAGCGUGGUCCGGCACAAACGCGAUGACGAGGACCGUUCAGCGGACUACGACAAGCUCAUGGCAGCUGAGCAAACGGCAGUCACUGAAACACGAGGUAUUCACUCAGGCAAGGACCAACCACCCCCCAAACAACCACUGAACCUGUCCGAGGCAAGUAAUCGUGCGACGCAAUUCGUGAGCGGUUUCAAGCGCCAAGGAAGAAUACCUGCAGUUGUCGAGUACGUAGCUGCUGGAUCACGGUUUAAAAUCUUUUUGCCCAAGGACAAUCAAGUGCUCACAUUAGUUCUUGGUGGCAUACGUGCACCUCGUACAGCCCGGAAUGCCUCUGAAAAAAGCGAGCCAUAUGGGGCGGAGGCGUCCGAGUUCGCUACACGGCGAUAUAUGCAACGAGAUGUCGAAAUCGAAGUCGACACUGUCGACAAAUCUGGUGGCUUCAUUGGCGCGCUUUACCUGAAUAAGACGGAGAAUGUCGCUGUGACUCUUGUACGGGAGGGUCUUGCGACUGUCCAUUCUUUCUCUGCAGACUCACUGUCAUGGUCGAGACGACUUUAUGAAGCUGAGGAAGAAGCAAAAAGAGAGAAACGCAAUAUCUGGACAGACUACGACGAGGAAGCUGAGAAGGCUGUGGAAAUACCUGCAGAUGAUCAGCCGGGUGCACUAAAACCAGAGUAUUUGGACGUCAUAGUCAGCGAUGUGCGAACAAAGAACGGGUUCAGCUUCUCUGUUCAGAUAUUGAACACUGAAGGCAUUGCUUCGCUGGAACAGCUGAUGCGCGACUUCUCCAUCCAUCAUCGAGUGGCACCUUCUGCACCGGGUUUUGUGCCUAAAGGCGGUGAUCUUGUGUCUGCCAAAUUCUCAGACGGCUCUUGGUACCGCGCCAAGAUUCGCCGCGCAUCGCCUGUCAAGCGCGAAGCUGAGGUGACCUUCAUCGAUUAUGGCAAUCAAGACACGAUCGGAUUCGAGAACAUUCGUCCCUUAGACCCCAGGUUCCGUUCUCUGCCCGGUCAAGCACACGAUGCACGCCUUAGCUUCGUCAAGCUGGUAGGGCCAGAGAGUGACUACCACCAAGAGGCCAUUGACCGCUUUCGGCAACUGUGCGAGGGCCGCAAGCUCGUUGCGAACAUCGAUCAGAAAGAAGGAUCCCUGCUACAUCUACGAUUGAUCGACCCCUCAGACCCAGCAGUGGCCGAUGAUCCUCUUGCAUGCAUCAAUGCCGACCUUGUACGUGAAGGCCUUGCAACGAUCGAUCGUAAAGGCUGCAAAUACAUCAGCUCGUACCCGUCCGUUAUGAAGAAGCUCCAGGAGUCAAUAGUAGGUGCCAAAAGGGAUCGAUUAGGCAUGUUCGAGUUCGGUGAUGUGGAGGAGGAUGAGUAAAUACGUUUUCAAAAUCUUACCUUGGGAUUCUACGUAGCUCGAGUUGUCAAAUUCAUCGCCGUUGACCCAGCCACAGUUACGCUACUCGACGUACCUGUGUCGCUUUUCAGCACGUUC